AAAGAAAUGGGGCCAGCCCACCAAUUACUGCCAGGGUCUGCAGCUGCCACUUUAAGGAUGGGGAUAAGAAUGCAGGCCCAACGAUAUUCAAGAGACAACGAAAUCCCAUGUACAAACACCUGUGGGUAACUCCUAAGAUAAAAACCAAAAAACCUCGUAGAUCAUUGGAGGAAUUUGUGACGGCUUGUGUGGAUGACCCAGCUUGUGUAGAUGACCCCAGCCAACAAGAAAUGCUUAGCCCGACUAAAUCCAUUGAUGGCGGCUUCCAUGUAGGUGAUGCAAUCCAUGAGACUCCUCAGAAAAAACAAAAACCGCCAAGCACAAUUAAGUCACCCAGUGGUGUGUGGGAAGUUAUGGAAGAAAUUAAUGGUGUUUGUGAACUUCGGCCAUUGAGAGAGUCACCACAAGCUGUGCCGCUAGAUUUUUAUGCUGUUGCUGAGACAACUCAUUGCAAAAAAAAGUUUAUUUCCAAAGGAUUGCAAAGUGUGCUGCAAGGACCCCUGUCGAUGCUCUGAGGAGCUGCAAAAGUGCAAGCAGUCACUCGACGAGGCAAGAAAAUUAAUUUCAGAGCUAUACCAGAAACAAGCUAUUUCAACAGA